UACGGCUUCGAAGGCCACGAGCGCCGGCACCGAGGCCACAAACCCCGGCCCAGGAGCGGGAAGCUCAGCAAUGGCUAGCGGUGUAGCCGCAGUGAGCGGCGGUGCCGCUGGCGGGGGUCGGGGGGCUUCAACGGUGGAUGAACAAGCCACUGGUGCUGAACCGUGUGGGAACACGCAGCAUGACGACCGGGCGGUGCUCCAUAUGUUGUACGAAACUUGUGGUGGGGCGUUCUGGCGGAUGAAGAUCGCGUGGGGCACGGCGGCGCCGAUAAUGACUUGGUUCGGAAUUGGAACCUCUUCCUCUUCGGAAGGGCAUACCUCUAAGCUGUCGCUUCCGUGGAACAAACUCGCCGGAAGAAUCCCUUCGGAGAUAGGAACCCUGUCGGCCUUGGAAGAGCUGGUACUCCACGACAACAUGCUCACCGGAGCAAUCCCCAUGGAGCUCUCCAAGCUGUCGAUGCUGAGGGUCCUCCUGCUCCACAACAACAGCCUGGCAGGCUGCAUCCCUCCGGACAUUGGCGUGCUCUCAUCUUUGCGGGUGGUCCAUCUUCAAAACAAUCAGCUCACCGGGACGAUUCCAGCGUCCAUCGGCGAGCUGUCCUCCCUGGAAGAGCUGCAACUCCACCACAACAGCUUCUCGGGUUCGAUCCCCGCGACCAUUGGAAAGCUUUCUUCCGUCAGGGUGUUGGCUCUCUCCCACAACCAGCUCACGGGCGCUAUCCCCCCAGAGAUCGGCCUCCUGGCGUCAUCACUCGUGGCUCUCGCCCUUGACUGCAACAGGCUCACAGGCGCGCUUCCCGCGGAGAUGGGACGGCUGACAUCUCUCCAAGACCUGAGGCUGCACAGCAACCGGCUCACGGGGAAUGUUCCCGCGGAGUUUGGAGGCCUUGGUGCCGUCCGCGUGAUGAUGCUGGGGGAGAACCAGCUCACAGGACCGAUUCCUGCGGAGAUCGGCAGAGCGGCUGCCUUGGAAGUUUUGGAUAUUCAAAAGAACCAGCUCACGAGCAGCAUACCUGCUGAAAUCGGGGAUCUUGCAUCGCUCCGGGUGCUGAGCCUCAGCGAGAAUCAGAUCUCAGGCGCCAUUCCCGCCGAGAUUGGGCGGCUUAGCUCCCUCCAGAUGCUCCGGCUUUCCCGCAACAAGCUUACAGGCGAGAUCCCCCGCGCUAUCGCCGAGCUCCCAUCCCUCACGGUCAAGCAGUUCGAAGAAAACCAGCUAGAUUGAUUAAGCCUGGGCUUCAUGGCAAACAAACACAAACCAGCGCUCGGUCGGUCGAGUAAAAUAGCAUCGUCCGCGGUAGGUGGAGGAGGGGACCGACCGACCUCCCCGGAUAUAACAUAUUGUUUGCUUGGAAGGACCUACUUCGCAGAGGCAACCCUUGGUCGCUCCCUUUUCGAUCCAUGUACAGACGAACCAAUUCGUUCGAUUGUUGUUGUGAAAUUAUAACUUGAGCUGGCUGCCAAUUUGUUGUGGCCAUCACGCGUACAGAUAGCACCCGCAUAUGAAGCAUCCAUCCUCCUCUAGUUUUGUCCCAUGUUCAGGUUCAGAGGCCCUCUUGUGGCCUACAAACAACCGCUACAUAUGUGCGUUUCAGGUGUAGGCAAAGUUUAGGGAUUUGUUUUCUUGUUGGUUUUGAUAGCAUGUUGAGCACGACGUCAAUUAGACAUGCGAAUGUGACAGUGUGAUGCAAGCUUAUCAAUUAUACAAACAGUUAUUGGGUUUGGGGUGUUGCUUGUUUUUGUUUUGGUUAUUUUUUGUUUUUCAGGUUUGGGGACGCAAGAUUAUUAGUGCGGGCACCUUGUGUAAUUAGAAUAUUCGAGACGAC